UCAAAAACCUUACUCCUUUCUGUUUGUUUCAGCCGUCACAAUCAUCGUUCUAGUUAGUUUUUUCCCAACAAACACACAUUCGUUGUUCCAUUCCAUUUCAUUCGCUUAAUAUUCCAAAAAAUUGGAAUGGCCACAACAGCCCCAAAGUUGAUCUCCGACAAGAACGAGAUGCGAAACUGGUCUCGCUCCAUGCGGGCCCAAGGCAAGCUAAUUGGGUUUGUUCCCACCAUGGGCUUUCUCCACGCGGGCCACCUCUCUCUCGUCUCCCAGGCCCGCUCCCUCUGCGAUGUCGUCGCCGUCUCCAUCUACGUCAACCCGGGCCAGUUCGCGCCCUCCGAGGAUCUCUCCACCUACCCCUCUGAUUUCCAAGGAGACCUCCGCAAACUCGCUGCACUGCCCGGCGGCGUCGACGUCGUCUUCCACCCUCGCAAUCUGUAUGAUUAUGUAAAUAACAGUGGUGACGUGGCGGGUAAGGGAGGUGGCGCGGCGGCGUCUUGCGUUGAUGGUGAUGGGUCGGGGCACGAGACUUGGGUGAGGGCUGAGAAGCUAGAAGUGGGAUUGUGUGGAAAAAGUAGGCCCAUUUUCUUCAGAGGGGUGGCUACUAUUGUGACCAAAUUGUUCAACAUUGUAGAGCCGGAUGUGGCUGUGUUCGGGAAAAAGGAUUAUCAACAGUUGAGAGUUAUUCAGAGGAUGGUUCGAGAUCUUGAUUUUUCCAUAAAAGUGAUCGGUGCUGAAAUAACACGUGAGAGUGAUGGCCUGGCAAUGAGUUCACGUAAUGUGCACCUUUCACCGGAGAGGGAAAAGGCACUAUCAAUAAAUAAAUCUUUGUUAAAAGCUAAAUCUGCAGCAGAAGAUGGUGAAGUGCAUUGUGAGAAGUUGAGGAAUUUGGUCAUCCAGUGUAUUUCUGAGGCCGGUGGUAGGGUUGAUUAUGCUGAGAUUGUUGAUCAAAAUAAUUUGGAGAAAGUGGAAAAGAUCAAGGGUCCUGUUGUCUUCUGUGUCGCUGCAUGGUUUGGGAAAGUCAGACUUAUAGACAACAUGGAAAUCAACUUGUCCAUAGGUGUUUAGUCACCUUCUAUCAUCUCAGACACGGACCACACGCUUGAUAGUUCAGACCACAUGCUUAACAGUUCUUAGUUAUAGAUCAUGAUAGAUUUUUGCUAACCAUGCAUGAUUACCUGUAGAUGCAUUUUUCCGCAUUAUGAAAUUCGCAGAGAGCUUCUACCAGUGGACACUUCUAGGAAUCAAUGAAGUGGGUUUUUCCUUUUUAAUCAGGAACUCAUGCGUGUUUUAUUCACACACGAGUUCAACUAUUUGCUGAAUAAAACCUCCAUGAAUGUGAGAGGGGGAGGACUGAAAUUUACUGAGUGCAAAUAAUUGUAUUGAAGGUUCAACUAUUUUUUCUUAAAGAUUUAUUUUAUCGUUAUGGUUUUGUUCUGGCAAAACUGUGCCAAGGACAGAGACUCCCCCAGGUUGAAGGAGAACGUCUCACCAAUCUGCCCCAAUCAAUGCGUAGAGAGAUCCGAUUUGCAAGAGAUUCAGAUGGAACUUCCUUGCCGGAGAAAAUAUGGCUAAAGCAACAAUUCUCUAUCGGGGUCAAUGAUGUAACUCGUGUCCUUAAGCGCAUGAAACCAUGCACUGAAUUAGAAAGCUCUGCUCAGCUCGUCCCUUUAAGAAGCAACAACAAUAAAACUCCUUCAGUUAAGCUUCAGGUUGAUUUCCUGUGUAGAAUAUGCAGACCUUAGUUAAUUGCCUAUUUACUACCUACCUUCAUUUUUACUUAUUAGUUCGUCACUUGCAAGUAAAUUCUUCAACAUGUACUUUUUAUGGUGUUCUAACCUUUACAUGGUGCUGCAAACAGCUAACUACGACAAAAUAGAUUAUUUGUUUAAGCUGAUUA